GGAAUCUCCACCGUGCUCUCACAAAAACGGCUGCCGCACCAGUUUCGCCAACGAAGUUCCCUCCGUUAACCGCGCCUCGUCUCUCUGUGGGCUCAUCGCCGGCUCUUUCGUUGGCUUCCUUUUCUCAGCGUUUCCCACCGCUCGUGUUUUUACGGGAAGGCGCUGCGAGGUCGUUCAGCUCCCAACGUGCGCUGUGCGAAGCAACACGGGGGACAACUUCCCUCAACAUGUCGUCCGCCGCCGUCACCACCGGCGCCCCGCACUCGCCGUCCUUGUACAACGAGCAGCUCUUCUACGCCGUGUUGAAGCAAGGCAACCCUUCCGAGGCGCGAGUGGAGGCCCUCGCCGCGCUCGCCCUGCGCCACCUGCCCAAGGCCGCCGAGACGUGGGCGGCGCUGCGAAAGGUACUGAUGGAGCAGUCCGACCUCGACGCGCCGCCAAACCGCACGCUGUGGUACGUCAUGGACGCGCUCAUGAAGGACGCCCCGCACGUCUUCGUGCCCCUGCUGGCACCGCGGCUGCUAGAGUACACGAUUCAGCAGCUUCCCUGGGAGCUGGCCGGACACCGAGGGCAGACGCGGCUGUGGUUUGAAUCGUUGGUGCUGUCGUGGGAGAGGGUGCUGCCGCAGCGGCUGUACAGCGCAAUCCGUCAACACGCCGUGCAGUCGCGUAGUGGAGCAGAGCUGCACGGACUGCUCGACGUGGCACAGAACGGGGUGGCGGACGAUGGGUCGUUAGCCUCCUCCGCGGAGCUGCAGCGCCUGCAGGACGCCUUCGACGCCGUGCGCUACAUGGGCGAUGAGGCAGCGAAUCAAAUCGUCUUUGAAGCUUUCUCUGCGGCCUCGAUGGAUGCGUUGGUCGAAGGCACGCAUAACAGUAAAAACAGCGUUGACAGUAAUGUCGGUGUGGCGUCCGCCUCCCCUGACACGCAAUCCAAAGCCGCAGCGUCGAGAUUGAGCAGCAGCAGCGGUGGCCUCGGUGCACCGGCGACUAGCACCGCCGCCGUCGCCGCGGAGGACUCGCUGAGCGACAAGGACGACUACUCGCCCGACUACGUGGAGGGGGCGCAGCGGCGUGAACUGCCCAAGCUGGACCUCCCGAAACAAAAACGGCGGCGAGAGGCACGACGCAGGCCCCGCGAGGACGACCUUGGCAUGUGA